UAUUUAAAAAAAUAACUCUAUAGUCUUGUCUAUUAUAGUUACAUCAUCAUAUAGGAUCACAAUCAUUCAAACUCAUAUUAAUCUGUUUCAUUUCUCAUUUUUCUUCUAUGGCUUUGCCUAUAUUGUUCUUGUUCUUGUUCUUGUUGGUUAUUUUGCCAACAACAAUUUGCCAACAACAUCAACAUAACAAAUAUGAAGAAUGUAUCAAACCAUACACAUGUGGUGAAGUAUCCGGCAUAUACUAUCCAUUUUGGGGACAAAACAAACCAAGUUAUUGUGGUAGCAACAAUGAAUUCAACCUUAAAUGUGAUUCUCAUCAUCAAAACACAUCCAUUCAAAUUGGUUCACAACAUUUCCAUGUCUUACGUAUUGAUCAAUUGGGUUACACCAUGUCAAUGUUUCGAAAAGGCCUUGUUUAUGAUCAUUGUUCUUCUGCUUUAACCAACACUUCUUUAAACUUGAGUCAUUUUCAUUACAUGCCUAAUGUGAGGAACAUCACUAUUUUAUACAACUGUCCUAAUGGCAUCAAGCUUCCAAAUGGCAUGAACGGUAGCACAAACUCGUUUUCGUGCAAGGAAGAUGAGAACAAGCGUGCUUUAUUUAUGGAUUCUGCAACUGCAGAGAGUAUAAAUUGUGAAGGAGUUCGUAUUGAAGUUCAGGUAGCACAGAAAGCGAAGCUAGGUAGUGGAAUUGAAGGGUUGAACAAAGCUUUGAGCGGUGGAUUUGAUGUGAGAUAUGUGUUUGAUACUCAAGCAUGCUUAAAAUGCAUUUUAAGUAAUGGAACUUGUGGGGGAAAUGAUAAGAAUAAAUUUUCAUGUUAUUGUCCUGAUGGAACUGAAGGUUUAGAUUGUUCACAUCUCCACGAUAAUCGAUGGAAUUCGAAAACAAAGGUUGCUGUAGGAGUUUCUGUUGUUGUGGUCAGUGCAAUUGCAGUAGGCAUUGGCUUCUACAUCUAUUAUUAUUGCAGAAAGAAGAAAAAGAAUGUUCAUGUAGUUUCAUCUGCACGAUCUCGGAGUGUAUCUGGUUAUAGUUCAGAAGAUACUGAGAGGGGAAGUAGAUACCGUGGAGUACACUUCUUCACCUAUAGUGAACUUGAAAAGGCCACAAACUACUUUGAUUCUACUAGAGCGCUAGGAGAUGGAGGCUUUGGCACAGUAUAUUUUGGAACACUUCAGGACGGGCGUCUGGUUGCGGUGAAACGCAUGAAUGAAAACAACUAUAGGAGAGUUGAGCAAUUUGUGAAUGAAGUUGAGAUUUUAACAGGACUACACCAUCAAAAUCUUGUGUCACUAUAUGGGUGCACUUCGCGCCAUAGUCAAGAACUACUGCUUGUAUAUGAAUAUGUUCCUAAUGGAACUGUUGCUGAUCACCUUCAUGGUAAAAAAGCAAAACCUGGCAUGCUACCUUGGCAUAUCCGAAUGAAUAUUGCCAUAGAAACAGCUAGUGCAUUAGUUUAUCUUCAUGCCUCUGACAUCAUCCAUAGAGAUGUGAAAACAAACAACAUUCUACUAGACAAUCAUUUUAGCGUCAAAGUAGCAGAUUUUGGACUUUCGCGUCUAUUUCCAAUCCAUGUCACACACAUUUCAACUGCUCCACAAGGGACUCCUGGUUAUGUGGAUCCGGAAUACCAUUUGUACUAUCAGCUUACCGAUAAAAGCGAUGUUUUUAGCUUCGGAGUUGUGCUGAUUGAGCUAAUAUCGUCCAUGCCUGCUGUUGAUAUCACAAGGCAUAGACAAGAAAUCAAUUUGUCUAACAUGGCUAUUAAGAAAAUUCAAAAUGGGACACUGCAUGAACUUGUUGACCCUACACUUAGUUUUGAAUCAGAUUUCAAAGUAAGGAAAAUGAUAAAUGCAGUGGCAGAGUUAGCAUUUCAGUGUUUGCAGAGUUCUAAAGAUGUUAGACCUUCUAUGGUAGAAGUGAUGGAAAGGCUUAAGGAUAUUCAGAGUGAUGGGAAAUAUAAAUGUAAACCUGAGGUGUUGGAUAUCUCAGGAGAUGAUGAUACCACUUUGAUAAAAAUUGAUCCGCCACCAUCGUCACCAGAUUCAAAUUUAGCAAGCUUAUCUAUUCCGUCAUAUACUAAUACCGAUAUAUAAGAUUGAGGUGUACAUAAAACGAUAUAAGGACUUAUUACAGAAUCUCAAUCUAGUGAUGAAUGACUAUUAGCAAGAAUCAAACUCAAAAUCUGAUUCUAUGUUUUUCAGUUUGAUUAGUUGAUUAAACUUUUGUAUGCAGAAAUGUUAUAUCUAUACAGAACUUAAAACAGA